AUGCUAAAUAAAUCAAAGUUGCAAGAUUAUGCAGACAUUCCGUCCCAACCAUGGAUAAGUUUUAACGAUACAGUGGAAAACAAUAAUCUAGCCAAAAUAGGUUACCAAAAUGUAUACAGCAUUUUACCUAUGGUCGAAACUGAUUACGAAGCUGUUGCUAACACAUCCCGGAUCAGAGGAUCUUCGUAUUUGGACGCAAUAUAUGAUGGAAUGAUGAUGUUUACACAGUCGCUCAACAAUGUGUCAGAUGGAUAUAUGGACACUAAUAUUUCCACCUGUCAAUUGUUAUAUCACUCGAUGGGUAACACUUUUAUAGGAAGAAACAACGAAUCUUUUCAGAUGAAUUGUAAUGGUGUCAGAACAAGAGAAGUGGCUUUAGUUCACAUGAACUCCAGCGGAGUUCUCGAACUUGUAGGUCUAUACAAUUCGACAUAUAAACAAGUGACGGUUUGGAAAGUACAUGAUAUUUUCAAACAAAUUAGCGAUACACCUAAAUGUGGAUACGAUAUGUCUAAAUGUCCUAGUGACAUAUGA